AUGGAGGAGCUCACGGCUUUUGUAUCCAAAUCUUUUGACCAGAAAAGCAAGGAGACCAGCGGCGGCGGCGGCGGCGGCGGCGGCAAGAAGGAUUCAAUCACGUACAGGGAAGUUUUGGAGAGCGGACUGGCGCGCUCCCGGGAGCUGGGGAGCUCGGAAUCCAACCUCCCGGAGAUAACGGAAAGCAGCGGCCACUGUCCGGUGCAUCUAUUUAAGGACCACGUGGACAACGACAAGGACAAACUGAAAGAGUUCGGCGCGGGGAGGGCUGCGGAAGACCCUGGGGAGGGGAGGACUCAGCCCCGGGCUGGAUUUGCAGGACGGGAGCACAAUGAGGUCUGGUUCCAGAACCGGAGAGCCAAGUGUCGCAAGCAAGAAAACCAGAUGCAUAAAGGUGUUAUCCUGGGCACCGCCAGCCACCUGGACGCCUGCAGGGUAGCGCCCUACGUGAACAUGGGCGCCCUGAGGAUGCCUUUCCAACAGGUAGCUCGUUUUUUUCCUUCCUUCUGA